ACGAAGACAGUCAUUGGGAACUUUGCUCGCGCUUAAACAAUUAAUAGGCAACCCGUGUCAUUCGGCAUUGGCUUUUAAGAUAUGCCCACAACAAUAGUAUAACCGUAAAGGGCUGAAAAAUAACUUGCGGUACGCAAUGUCGGAGCAUCACCCGGCGGUCACUAGUAAUCAGGUUGUCGUCGAUUACGGAAGCACGGCGAGAGUGAGUCCAAGUCCGAGUACAUCCCGUACACAGCGAUUGCCUUCGUUUGUAUUAAUCAACGAAUCUCCAAAUUCUCAACGCUACACGAGAAUGAGAAUGUCUCACAAUACGCUACAAUGUGAAUCCCAGAGGACUUGGGAUCGCUUGGAAUACUUUUUGAAUGUGGUGAAUCAGAUGUGCAUUGGAUUUAUAACCAUAUAUAUGUCAUAUAUUACGCUGAGAACGGGCCUACAAGGAACUGGACUUCAUGCCUGGCUGGUUACUAUUGGGUUCUCGUUUUUCAUGGCGGAGGGAGUUAUGGUCCAUUAUGGCAACAAUGUUUUAACAAACAGUUACAAGCGAAAUACAAAAACCACAAUACACUGGAUACUUUUGACACUGGGCGGUACCUCUGGUGCCGCUGGGGCAUUAAUCAAAAUGAUACAGAAGGGGUUCUCGUUGCACUCCACUCACGGUAGACUGGGUAUAACCGCUUUCAUACUCUGCCUGCUGUCCAUGAGCUCAGGAUUGGGAGCACUUUGUUCGACACGUGUUAAAAAACUCAUCACGCCCUUGUUUAACAAAGCAAUCCACAAUUUCUUGGGAAUCGCCUGCUUUGUCAUCUCUAUGGUAACUCAGUAUUACGGAUACGAGACGGGUUACUUUAAGAAGCGCGCGGAAACCGAUCUUCAAAUCUUGUUGAAAUGUGUAACACUCAUAUCGCUCGUUCUGACCAGCAUAGGCCCUCUCAAGGCAUUCUAUAAUAAAAUAAAGUCUAUUUCAAAAUAGUUUUAACACAAAGCUCAAAAAC